AUGGGGGUCUUCUAUGCUGUUCUUCAUUCUAUUGCAAUAGGCCAAAAAGACUUUGCCCAAGUUGAAAAAAGUAUGGACUCAAAAGACUUGAUGUUUCGAAGAAAUGAAAACCAUCAGCCAUCUGUCUCGAACGAAGAAGUAAUAGAGGUGGUAGAUGACAACAAAGCUCAACCUUUUGAUUUAUUACCUGCUGAGCCAGCGCCUGAAUCACUCGUUGAAGUUGUGGACGAAACCGACCACAAUGAGUCUCAGGGUGGUAGCAAUGAAUUGAAAAACAGAAAAGCCUCAAAAUCCUCUCUGGAAAGCAACAAUUCUUUCAUUCCGGAGGCUGUUUAUAAGGCUCAACGAAACAACCUGUAUGCCCCACUGAUGCUUCAUCGGCAAAACGUUCACAUAAAUACAAAAGAAAGUGCAAAAAGACAACAUACAUUCAAGUCAAUGAUAGUUCCAAGGGUUUCCAUUCCUGGUGAACAAGGGAUAUUAAUCAGAAAUAAGGAGCGCAAUGUGUCAAGCGCCCAUGACGAUUUCGACAAGUUCAUUUCUACGAUAGGGCUAGAUAAAUCGUCUAAUCUGAUUCGCGUGAUUCCUGAGAAGGAUAUUACUUUUAGCCCACCCCGGACAAGCAAGAAAGCACACUGGUCAACGAAAACUAUCAAAGGAACGUCCAAGAGUCUAUCCGAUGCACCACAGUCAGUCAACGUGUCUAAGGAUUUACCUUUAAAGGAGAACGGGAGCAUUUUGCCACUGAAACCUCAAUCAGAAGGGAAAAAUCAAUCAAAAUCAAAAGAACAAUAUCAACCAAAAAGCAAUUAUAGUGUCAGCGUGAAAGUUCUUUCUUCGGCGAACACGACGGGAUCACAGCAGCCAAUUGAAAUGCAGUUUACAACCCUUUACAACAGAACUCACGUUGGUUCUAUGGGUGCUGAGCAGAAAAUUGACAAGAACUGUACCAAAAAACUGAGAUUGCAAGACAAUUGCGGAAAAACCCAAGGAAGUGAUAGCGUAGAACUGAAUAAAAAUACUAACAAAAAAGACCUCGCAAAAAUACCGCAGAAUUCUAGUUACAGCAAUUCCUCUAAAGAAAAUCCUCGCAAUUCUAAUAGCAAACCAAAUCAGCUACCAGCUCUGAAGGUAGUCCAUGAUACUAAAGAUACGUCUGCUUUUAACCUGACUAAUCCGUCGGCCACACCGAUGAUGAGACUUAAUCCUACAAUUACGAAACAUUUGUACGAUUUAAUAAGGUUCUUUAAGACCUUCAAUUUUCCAGUUAAUGAUACAAAUAAUAACCUCGGAUCAAACAAUGUGACUCAUACAAAUAAAACCAUGAGGAGAAAUAAUGCAACAAACAAAAGCGACAAGCACAUUUUGGAAAAUAUGCAGAGAGUUUUAAAUUUUUUCCAGGCUAACAGAUCCGAUGGAAAUGACAUGAGAAACGUAAUAGGACUGACAAACACUUCUCGCUCGCCUUCAUAUGACAAGGGAAAACGGCUCCAGCUAUCGAUUUACAGCGGGUGGAAAACGGCAAGUAAACGCAAAGAACUUCAGUUAAAGGAAAGUGACUCAAAGAUUCUCAGGCAGACUCAAAGAAUCAAGUUUUCCUCUAAGACAGAGGAAAACUUGACUAAAAAUGAAGGGGGAGCUCUUGAGAUUCGUCUUUUUGAGUUAAUGAAAAAUGUUAGUAGAAAAGAACUUGAUAACCUAAAGAGCGACAUCUUGAAAGCACUACACUCAAAACGACUGAGGACUAACGUCUCGGGAGAACAUCACCAGUCAACUCAACGGCAACAUCAUAACGAUCUAGGAAAACAGGAAGCCAUAAAAAACCAAAAGCAACAUGCACAAAAAGUAGUACCUCACCAAAUGCAACAGAAAAGCGCACAUCAAAACAUUGAUAAUGCUUUUGAACUCGGCCUGUUUGAAUUGAUGAAAAAUGUGAGCCAAAAAGAGCUUGAAAAAUUGCGAAAUGACAUUAUAAAGACAUUGAGUUUCGAAAGACUGAGGAGUUUCUUAAGAGAACAGAAGCAUCCUCAUUUGCGACCACAACAUCACAUGCCUCUUGAAAAACAAAGCCAAGUAUAUAAACAAAUACUGAAUGGGAAUAAUAGCAACGGAACAAACCUUGGAAAAGGGCAACUUGAACAGAAGCAAAAGGUGCACAAUCACACAGAGAAGGUGUACAUGUUUCCACAUGGAAAAGUCGACAUAAAGAUUGCUCAGCCAAAUCAAACAGGGAAAAAUAAAGACAAUGACCACAAUCAGGAGAACAAAGAAGCUGGGAAAGCGAUGUUGCUUCUUAAAAAUUUUCAAGUUAAGAGGCCGCGACUUCUAAAGCUAAAGAUGGCUUAUUCAAAGAAUUCUAAAACACAUCCAAACUGCAGCUCGGUCAACUUAAAUGGUGCCGCGAAACAUAUUGAGAAUGGGUGUGAGCAAAACUUGAGUUCUAAUAAUUCGGUCUUCCUUACCGAUCAAAUCAAACAUUUCUUCAAAGACUACCUUGCAACUACAAAGUUAGAUUCCGGUAAUGACAAUCAAAAACACCUGUGGGAGGGACGACGAAAACAGCAGGAGGAAAGUUCUUCCACUUCAAAAGAAAAAGGGGAAAAACCUUUGAAUGAAAAACAGGGUGUCACAAAGGAAACAAGAGUCAACAAAAUAACGAACUUUCGUCUACAUGAGCAAUCACCAGAGGUCGGACAAACGCAAAUUCCAGCUAACCACUCUUCAAAACACCGUGUAGCAUUAAGCAUGUCUUAUGUAGCGAAUUCUACAAAAAUUCAAAACUGUAGUAAUCACCAUUUGAAGCACCAAAACGAACUUGGGUGUCAUCAAAAAGUCAGUUUUAACCCAUUAGCUGUUCUUGCAGCUUCUGUUGUACAUCCCAAGUUCGAAGGAAUCAAGCCAGAGACUUCCAGUAAUCUUCAUCUGAAUGCUUCGCAUAAUGAUUCCGCGUUUGGGAGUCGUCCACUAUUCAGACUGACGAAAAAGCUUCAAAAUAAAGGUGGGAACAGCGUGAUUAUAACAAAACGCCCAACAGUUCCAAAACUAACAAUGCAUCAUGAUGUAAAUGACGUUAACCCGAAUAUACCCACCCAGGAAGAAGCAGAUCUUAUAGGAGAAUAUUCUCAAACGCAAACCCUGGUGCAAAAACUAGGACCGGAUGAAGUUGAAUUGACUGAGUAUGUCGAACAAGGUAAGCCAUGAUUCCACGAUGCAAAUUCACCUUUACGUCCAAUGUCUGAGUUUCGGGAUCAGGCUAUAGUGUACAUUGUACUGCGCCUACUAGUGACAAAUUACUCUUGUGCAAAAGCAAUAUAGUUUUAAGAGAUGGUUGGUCCACGAAAGAUUAAAUGUUUGCAUGAGAAGAACAAGUAGGAGUAGAGUUCUUCGAUUAAAAAAGACGGAAAAAAAAGCCUUUUUAUAGUUUAAAGGCCCAGGGCUUUUUAUGCAAGGGAAUUUCAACCUUUUUAUUCUGUCGAUAAUAAAUCCCACGGUGGAAUAUUCAGAUGUCACCUACGUAGUCUUUUAUGGCAUCAAUUUCAUAUCUUAUUGUUCGCUUUUCAGCCUUUCACGAAAAGAAAUUUGAAUUUUUCCACUUUGUCGAUGGCAACGUUCGAGGUAAAAGGUUUAAUGACACGUACGACGUUCUUACAAUCUGGCCACAGUUAACUGUUGAUUAUUUCCAUGUUACACAACUCAAGGAAUAUCAACCAUUAAAACAAUACUAAUAACUUUACUGACAGCGUCUGAUAAAGGGAAUCUCACAGUUAUGUGGUCUGAGUGGUCACCCUGUUCAGCGUCCUGUGGCAAUAAAGCCACUAGAAGAAGAACUCAGUACAGAUGCAUAAAUGGUUCGCGCGAGAUUAGAGAAUGCGAGGUCGGCGGUGAGCAGCAAGAAACAUGCGCGAAUAAGCCGUGUCCAGGUAUGUAUGUAUCAUUAACCAUAUGCCACUGUAUUUCGCAUUUUACACACGAUGAAACAUUACAUGUCUUCGGGACAAUGUACAGCUAAAACCUUGUAUGAAGUAGACCUCAUAUAAAGUGCCUGCCAGACUUUCAUUCUACUAAUCUCUACGAAGAAACCUAUAGAUAACCUACUACGCAGACGUUCCUAGGGAUUCGUCACGAGUUACUUCUCCACGUGUGUCUAUACUCCCGAUGUAUAAAUUAAAUGUACUGCGUCUAUUUCUAGUCAACGGUGGUCUGAGUAAGUGGUCAGAGUUUAGCCAAUGUUCAAGGACUUGCGGAGGAGGGGUGAGCAAGCGCUAUCGUCAAUGCAACAAUCCAGAACCUCGACAUGGAGGAAGGAAGUGCAAUCAGAGUGACAUGCAAGAAACAAGAUCGUGCGGCAACAUUAAGUGUAUAAAUAUUCUCAAGGGUAAGUGUACAUUGCAAAAUACCCUUAUUCAAUAUUCCUUCCAUCAGAGGUGGGCAUUACACAUAAGACCUUUGCGUGAGGUGUCCACGAAAUAUCAAAAAGCGUGCAACUGGAAGCUUGCCAGCUUAGUGCGGGACCGUUUUUGCUUGUUUGUUUUGUUUUAGAGAGCACGGGAACGUCGUGGUCUUAUAGGAGUAGUUCGUAGUCUUAUAGGAGGCGGCGUUGCCGAGCGGUAAGGGCGCUGGACUUGAAAUUCGGGGGCCCCGAGUUCAAUUCGCGGUCUGACCGCUAGCUGGAUUUGUUUUCGGUAGUCCCGAGUCCAAUCCUCGGCCUCACUUAGCCAACUGGUUAGCAUCCGACCUGUUCGGAUUCUUAACCAUGUUAUGUCUCAUUUAAAUUAGAUUCAAUAUCCCUGAAAAGCCCUACAAGGGGAGAGGAUAAUUAAAGUAUUAUUAUUAUUAUUAUUAUUAUUAACGUCGUGCUGGAACAUUCGAUAACAGAGUUUUUCGGCUGCAAUAAAAAGACUGGACAGAGUGAACAUUCUUCAUUACUACCUUAGAAUUUUUUCAUCUAAGUUGAUUUCUCUAAAUUUGCUAUAGGUAUUCACGUUGCUAAAGUAGACCCUAAAUCACUCUGCGAGUUUAAUCCGUGCGAAGAAGUUGGCUGUUUGUAUGAACCAGCAGCAAAAUGUAUUGUCAAUUUUGAUUGCAACCCGGUCUUCUUCGACGCCGAAGGCAAUAUGCUCCCAAAGUGCAAAGGUAGGUAAGUGGUUACGUCAAAAUAAGCGCAUCUUGUAAGCACCGUUAUCAAGGGAGUCCAGUCAGGCCAGGACGGAUCUAGGGAGGGUGGGGGAGGCUCUCUCGUACUACAUAUUUAGUACUUUCUUAAUUUUGAAGAGAGUAAUCUACAAACGCUUAAUCGUUAAAUGCUCAACAUUUUUAUUCCGGUGAAGUAGAUGUGCGAACUCUAACAUUUAUGUAACGUAGUAAUCUUUAGAUCAAGCAAUACUUUUCUUAAACAAGGGAUUCGAGGGAUUUCCACAUCUCGGUCACAGCAACCUAGUGGAUGGUGCACCCAAACAUGCCAUAAUUCAGACUAUAAAUUUCUCAGCCAAUUUUAUUCAACUUUUUAUAGGAAAGAACGGACUGUAUUCUCGCAUUCCUGAUGUAAUUUGUAACUUCAAUCCCUGCGUCUCCGAGCGGUGCUGGGAAAUCAGAGACCAGUGUGUCGUUGACUUCAAUUGCAGACCUAUAUUCAUUGGAAUUGACACACGAGCAAUACCAUUGCGAUGUCGAGGUACCAGCAUUGGCCAUUUCCUUGCAAAAUUGUCAGGUUUCAAAAUUAUAUUCCUCAGGCCACUUAAGGCAUGA